AUGUGCGCAGUUUUGGAACCUUCUAUGAUUAGAUGGUUGUCGGAAGUGGAUAAUAUCGUGGUUAGUUCCCUACCUUCGGACUAUAUUCCAUCCGGGCCGGCGGGCGUCAAGGCUGAAUCGUGUGAGGUCGAGCUCCCUGGCUCCUUUGGCGUCAUCGAUGAGGAGGAUAGCUAUAUCAGACUACUGAGCGCGUUUGCAACUUUGGUUUGCAGAAUGUCGGGGGAAUCAGACGUUGCCAUGUACAGCAAGGCAAACAGGCUUUUGAAGUUGGCGGUACCGCCUGGAGUUGCAUUUCAGCAGCUGCGUGCGAGCGUGACGGAGGCCGUGGAAGGCACUCUGGCGCUACCGGCGGUGGAUUUUGAUGAACUUUCUGCGCUUGAGCGAGAAAAGAAGCAGCUAGACUAUUAUCCACAGUACUUCAAAGUGGGCGUAGUCACGGCUGCCGAUAAGACAAAGCUUGAUCAGUUCAGAUACCAUAAAUUUGAGCUACUUCUAAGGCAGGUGACAUCGUCUCGAUUUGAGAUGGUCUACGACUCAGAGCGCUUUUCGCCCGACCGGAUAGGCGAGCUUGGGGAGCAAUUAGUGCAGUUCCUUACGCUAGUGGAGGCUAAAGAUGAUGCAGAUGUGUACGCGAUUUCUCUGGUGACGAGCGGUGCUUCUAGAGUUUUGCCGGAUCCGACGACGGAUCUAGGCUGGGGCCAAUUUCGCGGUGCGAUCCACGAUAUCUUCCAGCAUCAUGCAGAAACACGGCCAGAUAGGCUGUGCGUCGUGGAGACGGGGGUGGGGCAGGUGGCUGCGAGGACGUUUACAUAUUCAGCCAUAAACUGUGCGUCAAAUAUAGUAGCACAUUAUCUGCUGGCGCGCGGCAUCCGUAGAGGGGAUGUUGUCAUGAUCUACUCCACGCGGGGGGUGGACUUAUUGGUGUCGGUCCUCGGUGUUUUGAAAUCAGGUGCUGUAUUUUCCGUCAUUGAUCCUGCAUACCCGCCUGCCCGUCAAAACGUCUAUCUGGGCGUUGCAAAACCCGCUGGGCUGAUUGUGAUCCAGGCCGCGGGUCAGCUUGAUGAAGCCGUUGAAGCAUUUAUUCGCGAUAAUCUAAGCCUCAAAGCCCGCCUCCCAGCUCUCGCACUACAGACAGAUGGGGCGAUAUUAGGAGGUACACUCCCAGAUUUCCAUCUUGAUACGCUUGUCCCUUUUGCCAGUUUGAAGAACACGCGAACAGAUGUGGUUGUUGGCCCUGACAGCAACCCUACGCUUUCCUUUACGUCCGGCUCAGAGGGUAUUCCCAAAGGUGUUUUGGGAAGACAUUUCUCCCUGACUUACUACUUUGACUGGAUGGCGAAGCGAUUCGGCUUGUCCGAAGAUGACAAAUUCACCAUGCUAAGCGGGAUUGCUCAUGAUCCGAUUCAAAGAGAUAUGUUUACCCCAAUAUAUCUGGGAGCUCAACUGCUCGUACCACAGGAAGACGACAUAGGCACCCCAGGCCGUCUUGCCACAUGGAUGGCCACUCAUGGAGCUACUGUAACCCACCUGACUCCUGCGAUGGGCCAGGUUUUAACUGCUGAUGCUACCACACCAUUCCCAUCCCUCAAGAGAGCCUUCUUUGUUGGUGAUGUGCUGACCAAACGGGACUGUGCACGACUACAGUCUCUGGCUGAAAACGUGGCCAUAGUGAACAUGUACGGCUCAACUGAAACCCAGCGUGCAGUAUCGUACUUUGAGGUUCCGUCUUGUUCCAGUAAUCCUUCAUAUUUGGACAACUUGAAAAGUAUUAUACCAGCUGGAAGGGGUAUGCACAAUGUUCAAUUACUAAUAGUAAAUCGGCACGAUCGAACUAAACUAUGUGGAAUUGGUGAAGUUGGAGAGAUAUACGUUCGAGCUGGUGGUCUUUCAGAGGGAUAUCGUGGACUACCUGAAAUAAACAAGGAAAAGUUCAUUGAUAAUUGGUUUGUUGAUGCUGGUCAUUGGGGGGGUUUGGACCUCUCAGGCGAUGAGCCGUGGAGGAAUUAUUGGCUCGGAGUAAGGGACAGGCUAUAUCGCACCGGGGACUUAGGUCGUUAUCUCCCCAACGGCGACUGCGAAUGCUGCGGACGCGCGGACGACCAAGUCAAAAUACGGGGCUUUAGAAUUGAGCUAGGUGAAAUUGACACGAAUAUCUCCCAGUAUCCUUUGUGUCGCGAGAAUAUCACAUUGCUACGCAAGGAUCAGAACGGAGAGUCUACCUUGAUCUCUUAUCUGGUUCCUAGAUCGGACCAAAAAGCAUUGGCCUCUUUUAUAUCGGCAGUACCAGAAUCCAUCGCGACAGAAUCCAUCGCAGGCAGUCUGAUUAAGUAUCACAAGCUAAUCAACGAUAUCAGAGGCUUUUUAAAAAAGCGGUUGGCUGGGUAUGCAAUCCCAACAUUAAUAAUGGUGAUGGAAAGGCUACCUCUAAACCCCAAUGGGAAGAUAGAUAAGAAUAAAUUACAGUUCCCCGAACCAACGGAGCUGGAUCGGGCUAGCGAACAUUUUGCUUCGGAAACUCUGGGAUUGUCUUCUUUCAGUCCCUUGGAGCAGGAAAUCCGCAAGAUAUGGUUAGAUCUUUUACCCACCAGACCUGCUAUUACAAGUUCAGAUGAGUCGUUCUUUGAUCUUGGCGGCACUUCUAUCUUGGCGACUCGGAUGGCAAUUGUGUUGCGUAACAGGUUAAAUAUUUCACUGGCAUUAAGCACCAUCUUCCGCUACCCAACAGUCAAAGAGCUUGCUAAGGAAAUUAGUAGGGUACGCGGCACAAUCUCCGACGACAAGAGCUCUAAUUCCGGGACUACUGAAUAUUAUGCUGACGCAAAACACGUUUCCGAAGCAGAAUUAGCUUCGAAAUAUGAGUCUCGGUUAUCGCUGCUUCCUUCCGGGGCAACGUCUGCACCAGUAUAUGUUUUCCUUACCGGGGUUACAGGUUUUUUAGGGUGCCACAUAUUAGCUGACCUUUUGAACAGAUCACGAAAACCAUAUGACAUAACAGUAUAUGCGCAUGUUCGCGCAAGUGAUGAAUCAUCUGCGCUCCAGCGAAUCAAAAGCGUUUGUACUGCAUAUGGGUUAUGGAAAAAUGCUUACGCACCUAGAAUAAAAGUGGUACUUGGAAAUCUAGCGGAGAAGCAAUUUGGCUUGCCUAAAAAGGCCUGGCAUGACCUUCAGGAGGGUAUCGAUGUUAUUAUCCAUAAUGCCGCCCUGGUUCACUGGGUAUAUCCUUAUAGCAAACUGAGAGAAGCCAAUGUUCUCUCUACGGUGAAUGUUCUAAAUUUAGCUGCUGCUGGCAAGGCAAAAUAUUUUACAUUCGUUUCAUCGACAUCUGCAUUGGAUACCAAACAUUACCUAGAACUUUCUAACGCUGCCAUUGAAAGUGGUGGUAGUGGUGUCCCGGAGGAUGACGAUCUUAUGGGUGGUUCUCUAGGGCUGAAAGGCGGAUAUGGACAGUCGAAAUGGGCAGCAGAAUUUAUUAUAAAACGUGCAGGUGAGCGUGGGUUACGCGGUUGUAUAUUGAGGCCAGGCUAUGUGACUGGUUCCCCUUCUACAGGAGCUUCUAACGCGGAUGACUUUCUGCUCCGGUUCCUACGGGGAUGUGUUCAGUUAGGCAAAAUUCCUGAUAUUGAAGGAACUGUUAAUAUGGUACCAGUUGAUUAUGUGGCACGGUUAGCAACAGCGGCUUCCUUCUCGUCAUCAGGCAAUACACAUAUGAUGGUUGUAAAUGUCAAUGCGAAACCAAGAAUAUCAUUCAGGGACUAUCUACUAGCACUGAAGGAAUACGGGUACCAGGUAACAUCAGUUCCUUAUGACGAGUGGAGUAAGGCGCUUGAAUCGUCGAGUGAUGAAGAAAAUCCUUUGUAUCCGCUAUUGUACCUUGUCCUAGAUGACUUGCCUAAAAAGCUGCGCAGUCCUGAACUCGAUACUACUAAUGCGAAAUUUGUUUUAGAAGAAGAUUUUGCGCGGACGAAUAUUGAGCCAAUUAUCAUUACUUCGGUGUCAUUAGAGGUUGUGGGGUCCUAUAUCUCAUUUUUGCAUAAGUUAGGCUUCCUAGAAGAACCAGCUAAAGGUUCCAGGCCACUGCCAAAUAUUUCACUCUCCGACGAGCAAAUAUCAUUAAUAGCAGCAGUAGCCACUGCUCGGAGCAGUACAGCAAAGCCAUAG